GGACCUCCGCAUUCUCCUCUAGCCAUACCACACACCCAUACACAAUGUCCGUGGCACGCGAGCGGAUAUUGGCCCUCAUGAAGACCCAAUGCCGGGUCUUCAACACCACAUACAACCCACAAGGCCUCCGCCUCGGAACCCACAUCCUGCACGAGCGCCUCAAGGGACCAGCCGUUGCAUCGUAUUACCCGCCUAGGAUAGGAACGAUUAGGCAUUUGCGGGCUCUGUAUCCACAGUAUGAAGUGAUGGAUGACAAGGAAGAGGACUGGGCGGAGCAUCAUACGAUUGCGCGUAGUAGGGGCAAGGCGACGCCGAAGAAGAAGAGGACUGCUGCUGAAUCGAAGAAAUUCACGAAGAGGAAGUAGAUUGGGUCCACUGGGAAGAGAACGAAGGUAUGAUAUCGGGAUGGAAGAAAGCACGGGAGAAUAUAUCACAGGCAAUCGGGAAAAAGAGAAGAAAGAUGUAUCAUCUAUUGUACAAAUUCUGCAUUACGACGGAAAGGCGUUGGUAUAUUAUCAUCAACAACAUCAACAUCAUCAUGAACAACACCAGAACCGAGCUUGUAUGCACGUAUG